UGGAUCUCGGGUUCUGAAAGGGAGCAGAGACAGGACAAGGGGGAUGGGCUGGGGUAGGCAGGGCCUGGAGGAGGGUGAUGAGGGUGGGACUUGGGGGCAACCUUGAGCAGCUGGGCUGGUGAGUGGGUGGUUGGGUGGGAGGGAAGUGGAUCGAGGCCGAGGUGUGCGUGCCCGUGUGUGGCGACGCUGGGGAAGGGGCAGCGAGGUGCCAGAACCCAGGUUCCUGCAGGCUGCAUAAUGGUCCAAGACCGGGGACGCCGUCUGUUCAUCAGGUGCGGGAUGGACAAGAGAGACAAGGCCAGGGCAGGGGCCGCUGCGCGGACGACGGCUUCUCACCCUCCGGGCCGUCGGAAAACCCCUAGACCCCCAGCGUCUCCUCGACCCCCUCCACCAGUAAUCCCCGCGGCCCUCAGAGUUCUGGGAGCAGGGGGAGCUGCGGGGCGAGGGCCCCUGGCCGAGCGAGGGGCCUGCGUCCGGCCAGCCGCUCUUUCUGAAGCUACUUCCGCGGUGGAACCCACGCGGAGCACCGGGACAAGCCCCAGCAACCCAGGCCUUCUCCGGGCAGCCACGAGGCUCGCAGCGGCAGGGAGAGGGGAGCGGACCCCUGCCAAGAUCCCUGGCCCAGGCUCUAUCUCUAGCCCUGGACGAGCCAGCGGUACCACCAGGCUAGGCCCUCUUGGGCAGAAAGGACUCCAGCUCCCAGCUGAGGAACCUAGGGGCAGAGGAAAAACCCCAGAAACUCCCAGAAUGAGUGCCCUGAGUGUGGAGACACGGAGAGGUACCUGAUCUGGGGA